AUGGACAACCACAGCAAGAACUCUUCCUGGAUUUCGGGUACCAGCACCACCACAUCGACCCCUUCGACGGGCAAGCGAGCACCCACGGUGAAGCUGCUCAUGAUCGGCAACUCGGGCGUGGGCAAGUCGUGUCUGCUGCUCCGCUUCGCCGACGACGAGUUCAAGCCCUCCUUCCUGCCCACCAUCGGCAUCGACUUCCGAGUGCGUGAGGUCGCCGUCGAAGGCGCCCGCCUGCGACUUCAGAUCUGGGACACCGCCGGCCAAGAGCGCUUCCGGACCAUUACAAAGGCGUACUACCGGGGCGCGCAGGGCGUGGCGCUGGUCUACGACGUGACCGACGCCAAGAGCUUCCAGGCCAUCAGCGGCUGGGCGCAGAGCCUGGACCAGCACGCCUCGCGCCAGGUGUGCAAGGUGCUGGUCGCCAACAAGUGCGACCGGGCCGACCGCCGGGUCAUUUCGACCGAGGAGGGCCAGAAGCUGGCGGCCGACAACGGCUUCCACUACUUCGAGACGUCGGCCAAGACCGGCAUCGCCGUGGAGGACAUGUUCAUGAAGCUGGCCAAGGAGGUCAAGCACCGCGACAUCGAUCCGAUCUUCGGGGCCACGCAGCAGCUGGAGGACGAUGACCUAGACGCGAAGAAGAAGAAGGACGGCAUCAUCAAGCUCGAGCCACCAAGCAAGAAGAACAUCUUCCAGACCUGCUGCUCCUCCUAA